UUCUGUCAACACAUUCUGUAAUCAGCUGCCGGCUGGAACAUGUUCGGGCCUGAUUAAACUUUAAUAUUGUGAUCUUUCGUAUCCGAUGUUGUGUUUAAGUGAUUGGAACGAUUCGUGAAAGUUUUGUAUGUGUUAUUAAGAGCUAGGGAGAAAAUAUGUCCAUUUAGUGGUAGUUAUCUGAAGAUAAAAGUGAAACAGCCGCAUCACAAUGUCAUCACUUGCCGUGCUAGAUCGGGAUCUGUGCGGCGUUCUGGCCGAAAUGAGAUCCGAGAAAAUCUCUCAGCGGACGAAAGCCUUCGAGAAGCUCGAGUUGAUGCUGGAUAACCGCGAGGAGGAUAUGCUGCGCUACAUGGCCGAACAAAAGUACGACACCGGCUGGCCGGAUUUGCUGGAUGCCGCUCACCAUGGUAUUCAGAAGCAAAAUCGUAAACUCAACGAAACCAGUGCAUCAACCGGUGCGACGAACAACGUCUCAAGUAAAUGCUACGCCUACAUCAAAGCUAUUCAGAAGAUAGUGGACUUAGCAAUGAAUCGAGAAGAGGCACACAUUAAGUUUUCGGAGCUUAUUCGGCGUUGCUGCGAUGCACUUAGUGAUUCAUCCAUGUUGCAGAAUUUUGGCGUGUGCUAUGUACAAAUUCUUCAGAAGCAUGUGUUGAAUUCUAAAUGGGACUUGACUGUGAUAACCUACGACGAGUGGCUUGUGAUUUUAACGCGAUCCUUUGAGCUCUACACCGAUGGACACAUAACAAAACAGGCUGUCAUUGGUUGCUUGUCGUUAGCAGUCCAAAAGAGCUUGGAGAACUGUUCCGUACAGGCGCAUUUCGUCAAAUUUCUUGACCCGUUGAAGAAAACGAUACUCGAAAGUGACAGAGGACGAUUACAAAACGAGUUAAUCAGAAUCGCAUACAGUUGUACUUUAAGUCUUGCAGUUGACUUCCGCUAUGAGAUAUGCAACUUUUCGGAACAUAUUAUACCGGUUCUCGUUAAGGCGUAUGAAUCUAAAAUGGAUGAGGAAAUGAAGACAGUUUAUUUUCACCUGAUGCAUGUGGCAGUGAUUGUACAUCACCCGGAGAAGAGUUUUUCGGAAUGGCGAUCCAACCAGGAUCUUUUCUACGCUAGUGAUGGAACGGAGUGGUAUAAAUGUCUCCGUAAUAUGCACUUUAUUGUUGUCAGUGAAAUGAAGGCCCAUGUUUCCGCCUCAUACAAUAGCGUUGUUGGACGUGAGAUGUCUUUUGCCGACGGAUUUAUUGCGUUCGCCGCUAGAUUGUGUUACUUGAUUUUCUGGCAUGAUGAGUUCUGGAACCCACCAGUGUCUGAUAAUGGAGGCGUGUCGAAAAAAAUCAAACGAGCAAACAAGUUGCAGAGUUUGAUGGAUCUUAUAGGUUCUGAUUCAAUUCAACCGGAAUGGCGCUGGCUAGUGGUGUUGGCGGAAAUUGUCGAUCGAUGUUCAGCUGUCCUGGAAGAGGAAGAUUACCACCCGUUAUUAGAUCUCUUGAGCACGAUUCAGCCAAAACUUACUCUUUCCAUUCAGCUGAAAGCAUUUCGUCUAUGUUGCAAGGCGCUAGUAAAAUUUGAGCAACAAGAUCGAUUCAUUAAAAGCACUUUAAUCAACGCAACUCGCUGCGCGGAACUGUGGCAUAAUAUAACAGAAUGCUGCUUUCGAUGCAGUACAUCCAACAGCAAAUCCUCAGCCAUUAACCAUCAGCUGUUACAGUUUCUGAUCGUUUCUCGAAAGUAUCCUUCGGUAGCAUUUUUAAAUAGUAUUCUGCAAGCAUUUUAUGCGUACUCAAUCGAUCGUACCAACAACAACGUUGCUACGGUGCGUACUCUGCUGGAAACGGUGCCGCUGGAAGUGUUCGGACCAGUUCAGGAGACCGUUGAAAAUGUGUUCAACUAUUUGUUUCCGAAAUCGAGAGAAACGCAAGCAAAAGGAAUCCUGCACAAAAAAGAACGAUUGGAUGCCUGCUUGGUAGCGCGAAUCACGGUCGACUGCGUGGUUACCAAGCACAAUCGAAGUGGCUGCAACGACGGUGGUGCAAUCGUGUACGGCCUCCAAAGCGACCAGUAUGUCGAACUAAAUGAACAGCUUCGAAGUUUAGAAGAAAACAUUCUGCUAAAGCGAAUGGAGAAACUAAUAACCAUAAGCACUACACCUCUAAUGAAUGUAGUUACGGAUAAACCGACUGUAACCUACAACAUACACGAGAAAAACUUUGAGAUGCUCUGUGCAGUCACAAAUUUUGAGAAGCACACUCUCCCGACGGAAAACGAUGCACUGUGUAAUGGUUUAAUCACUAUCGUCUGCGACGUUGAACUGUACUUGCAAAUCUUGAAUGAUUUGCUUAUUCAUAGCGCAUUGAACGAAGGAACGUUUUCGAAUUGUCUGAUAACGAAAAAGAUUGCCUUCAAAACACAGGAGUUGGAGAUAGGUUUCGAGCGGCUACGGUCUUGGACGGUAUUGGAACUAAGUGAGCUAUCUUGUCGCCUGCUAGCAAUCUUCAGUGGGUCAUAUCAUCCACUCAUAAAUCAAAUGAUUAAAACGACUAAUUUUACAAAUCUUUUCGAAUGGCUUUUUAAAAAUACUAAGAUUUCUCUAGAACGAGACUCCAGGUAUAUUGAUUUGCUUAGUUUCGAAAGUCUGAAGAAAGAGCAGAUUAAUCAGCACAACUUACUUCUGAUUAUCGCACACUACAUGAAGUACGAUGGAGUGCAUACCACCAAAGCAAAAGAUUUCCUCGAUCAAGUGCAGCUCAACAUUGAGAGCAACAUAGAUCUGUUCCACAUCUUUCAAAUGUCGCAGGUUUUUGUCAAGCAAAGCUCGACGUUUUUUCUCGCCGAAUGGGUUCUAACAUACGUUAAGGAUAUAUGCCGAAAUCAUCAUUCCAACUGCUCCGUAACCGAAACUAUUAUAGACUUAUUCCCAGCGCUAGUGAUUUUUGUCAGUCCACAUGAAGCACUUUUCGACGACAUUAACACUGUGCUGCUUUCGUUUAUUCGCAAAGCGAACAAGCAGAUCUAUUCAGUACGGUUGCAGCGGAAAAUUUACGAUCAGGUUAAAUAUCUGCUAAAAGCUUAUCCGAAUUAUUUCGAUUCGUUCGAACUGAUUUACAAUAGAAUGGUCGCACUGAUCAGAGCAUCGAGUUUUAUCAUUCGCAUGAGCGGUGUGACAAACCUGCUGUACCUUUUUGCUGACGAAUGGGCUUUCUCCAAGAACUCUACGAAAAUUGAAUACCUUCAAUUUCAGCGAAAGUUAUACUCAGAAGUGAAUUUUGAAAUGGAUUCGCUUCUUUCGAAGGAUGAGCAGGAAGGCUUACUGGCUGCAUAUUUGCAAUUGAUUUGUGGAACAUGGUGUCAAAGCUAUCAUAUCAGAAAGCAAGCCACACUGGAUCUAGUUGAACAGGUCCACCUGAGUCAGCUUGCACAGCGUAAAGUUCAAAUGAUCAUCAAGCUGAUUGGUAACAUCACCGGUAUCAAUCCGACUGCAGUCGUACACGACUGCAUGCAGCCUAUCAUUGACAGGUGGAUAGUCCGCUACAAAUUGCAAUCCUUUCCAUGGUGCAUUGCCGCUUGUGAAUCACUGAAACAAUUUGUGGCAAACUACCAGUCUGUUAUUGCGUUCGCUAUUAUUCGUCACAAACCAUCGGAGUUACAUCAGUUCUCUGCAGUUGUGAAACAAUCCUUAUUUGAUACGAUCGAGAAUAUUUUCGCACAAUGUGCUUCAUACCUUAUCCCGAAGUGGGCCUAUUGCGUCAACAUGCCGCAGCUAUACCUACAGCGGGCAGCAGCAAUGGAUCAAUUGAUCACUAACAACAACGUAAACCUGAAGUUACCUGUAACCAAGAAUGGAUCCCUGAUUUUGAUUGUACAACAUCUCAUGGAUUAUCUACAUGACACCGAAAAAAUGAGGAAACUUUUUGAACGCGAAAUUUGGAUAGAGGAAAAGGAGUACAAACUGAGCAGCGAUAGUUUUGCGAAAUGUUUGGAUCAUCUUAAGGGCAUGCUAAGUAGCGACUCGAAGCAACAAUCACUUACAUACUUUUGUUCGAAACAUCCGUCGGCGGUUGAACGAAUCAUGAUGGCUUUGAAACUGAAGCUUCAACGUUCGGAAGUGACGGAAGACAAACUUUUCGUGCUUUUCCAGUACUCCGUUCUGGUUGAUUUACUAUUGAAUGAUUACUUUGGUCAGCAACGUUCGGUUGAUUUAAUGCAAUAUUUAAUUAGAGAUAUUUGCUAUUUCCUCUGCCACAGCAUGGUAAACACCGAAUCUCUGCAUGCGACGAUCCUGAACAUUUUAACAAAUUUCGUUGCAAAAACCGUUGCUAAUUGCGCUAAUUAUUUGGAACCAUACCUUAAUUUUAUCGUUUCCUCAUUGCUGAUAGUUUACGACAAAAAUUCUUCUUCUCGUACUCGCCAGAAAGUGUUGAAUCUUUUGAAGUCGAUAGUAAUCGACCAUUACGCUCUAUUCGGUGAAGGUGUGAAAAAAUUGAACUACUUUCCUGAAGCCGACGAUUUUUCUCAACUUCGCGAAGCGCUGGUGAACUUGAAAGAAACUCAACAUCAGUUGACAUUGGCCGAAAGUAUUGAUCGAAUCUUACAGCUGCCAGGUUUGAAGUAUGAAGAGCUCACUACAUUGCGUAAAAUGUUGUGCAACAGAAAAACGGACUUGAAAGAAUUGUGCAGCGCCCUAGAAGCUUCUAACGGAUUCUCGGAUAGUUGUUCGAAAAAUGUUAUUUUACGAUUGAUAAAUGUUCUAUUGGAUGAGAUCCGCAAUAGCUCAAGCGACAGCCACACAAUGGAAGCGUUACGCUGUCUCGGGGAAAUUGGGCCAACUGAAUUAGCUACGCUGGUGCUUCGGCCUGAUACUGAAACAGAAAUUUACGAAUCCUUGGAGGGCUGUGAAGAUGCCACAGUAAUACUAGUGCGAGUUCUCCUAGCUGAGUUGAAUAAACUAAUCGUAUCGAAGGAUGUGAUGAUCGUUGAAAAGGCUACACUAGUUUGCUACCAUAUUUUGCAGAAUAAAUUCUAUCAUAAUUUAAUAGCCGACACGACCAGCUUAUUUCCCUAUAUGACCCUUGCCACUGAUGGGCAACAAUUGUUUGCGAGCCCUUCAGGGCGUAUCCCAUUGAGUAACGUUGUUGAUUUCACCAGCGGUAGUAUGUCCUAUGCUUCCUUCAUACUGAGCUUGUCGUCGAUUCUGCUGGACUUUUUACAAGAUACUGUCAUGAAAGCGUUGACUGAAAUAGAGCCCUGUUUUGCCGCCACCAUCAUCCCACUGUUACUGCAAAUUGUUCUUAGUUAUGGUAAUGACGACUUUAACGAAGAUGUUGGAAAAUUCGUUAACACAUUUUUUGGAAAAUUUUCUGAGGGGCGAUCCGAAACUUGUAUAAGCAACAAUUUAGAAGCCAUUAUGCUAAUGCUCAAGAUAGUGGAAUGUGUACGAUUGAAUAAUCGAGAUCGACCGGAGAAGCAGAUUAAGUUAAAUUACAUAGCAAUCGCUGCUGCUAGCUUACGCUGUGGUGCCUAUUUCAAGGCGAUACUGUACUGUGAGUUGUGGUGUCUUGCCCAGCAGAAUGCGGGUUCAAAGCUCGAUGAAAUUAAACAAGAUCCUCAGCUGAUGUCUAUUAUGAAAACGGCAUAUAUGGCAAUUGGGAUCGAUGAUGCAGCGAAAGCUUUUCUUGACCCGAUAGCAUCACGAAAUGAAUACUACCAGUUGGAACGUAGAUAUAGUCAGAGUUUACUGUACUACGAUGUCACUAGUGCCAGCAGCAGCGGUGCUCAUAUGACCGCAUAUUCGAAAGCCCUAAAGCGCUCGGGUUUGUAUGGGUUAGCUAGAAGUGCACUGGUCGAUAAGGACCAAGUUGAUUAUGAUUGUGCAUGGCGUUUAGCUGAUUGGAACGUUGUUUUGGAAGACGUCACGAAAGCGAAUAAUGAACGAAUCGAUUGGGAGAUGAUAUUUAAUAAACAGCAUUACAAAGCGUUGAAAUGUCUGCACUUAAAAGAUGCAGUCGCCACUGAGGCGGCAGUGUUCGAGGCCAGGAAUUCCGUUGCUGAGAUGUUGAAAGUUGCUAGCAUGGAAUCAACAAAAAAUAUGUAUCCAUUCCUUUGUAAGCUACGACAACUACAGCAAAUCGAGGACUUCAUGGAUGUACAAUUUGUUAGAAAAAACGAUGGAGAGCAGGAGCUUUUCACAAAAUGGGAGCAACAAGAUCAACUUCCUUACAGCGAUUUUUCCUUCAUGGAGAUUAUUCUAACCCAACGAUCGACAAUUUUACAGACUGCCCGUAUUCGUGCGUUGCGCAAGUGGGUUCCUGAUGCUCUCAAUUACACACUGUUUCAACUGAUUUAUGAGGCACGCGUUAGUGGACAUUACGACGUAGCCACAAGCGGAAUUUGCGCAAUGAACCAACGAAGUUUAUCGAAUGAUGCAAAAGCAUUGUUGUUGUUGGAAGAUGCUCAACUGAACUGGGCGAUUGGUGACAAGCUUCUCUCAAGAAAAUUGGUCAAUGAGAUUGUCGCCGGUGGUAAGUGCAAAGACCUAAUGGUUAAUGCUGCAGCUUACCGACUCUACGGAAGCUUUCUAGCGGAAACACAUGCCGAGGACGUGCAAAACGUUUACAAGAACUUUUUCCGACAGUCCCAAGCAUUAGUAGAGGAAUCCGUGCUUCAGGCUAGUCAAAGAGUUGAAUCUCCUUUGGUGGACUAUCAAAACAGGUGUUUACAUAGCGAUCGGAAUUUCAUCGUGCUGCACACCGUGGCCAAGUAUGCCGAUCGCGAGUUUGUUAGGUUAAAAAACCAUUUCACCUCCACCGAGUUUCAACAGAAAAAAGCAAAUUUGGAAAAGUUAAAAAACGAACUGGCCUUGAUAGAGGCGGAACAGGCCAACACAAAGGAGCCGGAAAAACUUUCCUUCUUAAGACGGGCCAAAAUGUCGACGAAGCAGAAUGCCGCCCGCGAUGAGAAUUCGCUCAAGAUGAUGCAGUCGGACAUGGAAAGCUACCUCAAAAUGGCACUGCUCUAUUACUCCUCGUUCUCCCGAAAGUCGAGUGUUGAAAGUGAUCUGGCCGUGUUCCGUAUUGUGGCACUUUGGUUGGGCAAUUAUAGUGCUGCGGAAAGUUGUGCGGAAUCGCUGCAGGUCAUACCGUCGUACAAAUUUGUUCCCGUGCUGGCUCAGUUGGUUCCGCGAUUGGACAACCGGAACGAAGGUAUCGGUAAAAUGGUUUUAUCCAUACUGGAACGCUGCGCGGUUGAUCAUCCUUACCACACACUUCCGCACAUAUUUGCCCAGGUGUACGCGUAUGCUGAUUUAGAACGCUCAGAAGUUCCCAAAGACGAUGAACGUUUGCUAGGAGCUCAAGCGUUGCACCAUAAACUGCGGAAAAAUGCGAAAAUCUCCAAAAUUGUUGACCAGUAUACGGAGAUGAAUCUAGCGUUGAUAGAAAUGGCCAACAAAACACUGGGUCAGAGUCAACGAGGAUUCAGCGAGUACACUAUGACCAAUAAAGAUGCUCUCAAGAAGUGCAAAAAGUUAGACAAGAUACAUUGUCCAACAGUGGAGCUUAAGGUUCAGGAAAAUGCCACUUAUAAGGAGCUUAUUGGUGUAAUUCAAUGGAAAGAUCAAAUAAAAGGCGUGGGUGGCAUCAAUGCCCCGAAGAAACUAAUCUGCCAAUGUACGGACGGCUUGGAAAGAAUACAGCUGUUAAAGGGCAAGGAUGAUAUGCGCCAAGAUGCAGUUAUGCAGCAGGUGUUUACCAUCUUGAAUAUAUUAUUACACCAUGAUAAGGAAGCAAAUAAACAAAAACUAGCGGUUCGAACGUACAAGGUGGUGCCACUUUCUCAGCAGAGUGGAAUCCUAGAAUGGUGCUUGGAUACAAUUCCAUUCGGUUCCUGGUUAGUGCCAGCCCACGAGCGGUAUCGACCCGAUGAUUUAACCCCUAUCGAGGCCAGAAAAUGCUUCGCUGAACUGGCGAAGUCGUCAGUGCGAACUAAGCAAGAAAAGUUCCUGAAAAUUUGCCAACGGUUGAGUCCCGUUUUUCAAUACUUUUUCUUUGAGCGUUUCCUUCUGCCGGGGAUGUGGUUCGAACGACGCCUCUGCUACACCAAAAGUGUUGCCGUCUCGUCUAUGGUUGGCUAUAUUUUGGGGAUUGGUGAUCGGCACGUGCAGAACAUAUUGGUGGACGAAAAAACUGCUGAGGUCAUUCACAUCGAUUUUGGAAUAGCAUUCGAACUGGGCAAAAACUUACCCACACCAGAAACAAUUCCAUUCCGAUUAACCAGAGACAUUGUGGCUGGCAUGGGUGUCAGUGGCAUCGAAGGAAUCUUUAGAAAAUCCUGCCAGAGAACUAUGGAAAUUUUGCGUAGUAACCAUGCUCCAAUCAUGACAAUAUUAGAAGUGCUUCUGUACGAUCCGCUGUACACGUGGAAUGUGCUUUCGAGUAAAAAAGCUGCCCGGAAACAGAUGGUGGAUAUGUACGGCGAAGACAACCGCGGCCGAUUUGAUGGCGGUGUUAUGUCGGCAAAUAUGAACAUAAGCGCUGAGCGUGCUUUGCUGAGGGUUAGUGAUAAACUACACGGGAAAGAGGACGAAAAAUAUACCUCUGUUGAAGGUCAAGUCGAAAGGCUAAAUUGCGUAGCCUCUAGUAAUGUGAAUCUCUGCCAGCUAUUCCACGGUUGGCAGCCGUACCUUUAAACUUUGUUGGUUUCAAAUUAGGCUUUUAAAAAUAGGUAGGUAACACGUAACAUAAAUUCAACUCUUUUUUUUUAUUACAAUACCGUUAUAUAUAAUGCA